AUGAGCGACAACAGCAAGGUGAUCGCGACCGAAAAGGGACAGCUGGUCAAGCCGACGUGCUGGCGGGAUCUACCCGCCCCGACGAUGACGAGGGAGGAGAUCGAGCAGCAGUACUUCGCCAAUUCUCGACUCUUUCUCCCAGCUGUCUUGCGUAUUCCCCUGGCCUCGACACUUUCUUUUCUCUCCGGAUUUACUCUUGGCGCUGCGCAUGGCGGCAAGAUGUCUGGCUUGCAGUUCCGAGCAGAACAUGCCCACAAGCUGCCCGCGACGACGACUGGUUGGUACCUCUACCACAAGAGCAAGAAUUACUAUGCCGCGAAGGGUGCUGUUCGCAACGGAAUCAGGACGGGGAUGCGUGUCUCCCUCUGGACUACGUCCAUGUUUGCCAUUGAGCAAAUGUUCGACUCGUACCGAGGCACGGCCGAUCUGCUCAACACAGUCACGUCUUUUGUCACGGUUGGAGGAUGGUUCAGCUUGUGGAAUCGGUUUUCGCUGCCGGCAACCGCGCGGACGGCUAAGUUUGCCCUUAUUGGCGGCCUGAUCUAUGGCGGACUCCAAGAUAUUCUUGGGGCCCUUCGAGGCCGUCGGAUCGGAUACGUUGAAUGGGUCAAGGACCGACUGGGCAAACAAUCGGCUGAGCAUCCCAAAGGCCAAUGA